GCCGAGGGGCCGCGCUGGCUCUCCGCGUCCCCGGUCCGCACCGCCGCCGACUACGGCCGCGCCGAGCCCGCGGCCACGCCCGAGGGCGAGUUCCUCGCCUGGGUGCAGUCGGAGUCCCGGUGGCAGCCCCUCAUCGACGCCUUCCAGGGCAGCCAGAGGUACAAGCCCGUCGUGAACGGCACGGUCAUCAGGCCCCACAUUGAGAGGGCCGACUUCAAGAGGACCCUGUCGAUGAUGAGGUUCAAGGGCGACGCCGACGCGGUCUUCGACCUCAUCGUGGCGGGCAGGCAGGCCGACGGCCAGGCGGCGGAGAGGGAGCGGCCCGGGGCCGACGCCCACGGCAGCCGGGACUGCAUGUACCUGAGCGACCUCCGGCGCUACAAGGACAGGCAGGCCCCCCGCGCGAUGGAGCUGAUCACCGGCGGAGGCGGUGCCAUCGAGCUCUUCGUCGGCGCGCUGCAGAGGCGCCGGGGCACGCUGCUCCGCGGCUGGAGGAUGGACCUGGACAAGAGCGGCCUGGGGAAGGUAGCGUUCGGGAGCUUCGCGGCUGCCUGCCGGAAGUAUGACCUCGGGGAGCACUGCAAGGGCAUGUGGAAGUCCAUGUGCCCGACUGGUGGGAUGCUCUUGUUCUCCGAGCUGGCUCCCCAGGAGUCAGAGAACAUCGAGGCGUUCGUCGACGCGGCUGGCAAAACGACGGGGUACGACCUUGGGAAGGCGUGGGAGUUCAUCGACGCUUGCCGAUGGAACUCCGUGAGUUUCGACGACUUUGAGAGGGGUGCCCAGGACAUGGGUUUUACUGGCGACUGCAGGCUACUCUUUGACGGCAUCGAGGUGGAAGGCACCCGACGCGUCACCCGCGACGACUUGGUCUAUCUGGAGAACCUAAGCCAGAACCCUGCGCUUGCUGCGCGGCGAAAGCUGAAGAACAACACCGGGGCGCUGACGGAUCUCAUAUCUUGGGUGCAGAGCGAGGGCGGCGGCGCCGAGAACUUUGUGGCCCAGCUGGGCCAGAGGAAGAUCUCCCUGUCGGAGCUGGAGGCCCACCUGGCCGCCAGGGGCUUCCCCUUCGCCGCGCGCGAGGCGGCCAUCCAGGGGAGAGCAUCGAAGUCCACGGGCGAGCACGGCGGCGCUGCCGCCCCGUUGGCGCCGGCGCCCGCCACCGCCGAGGAUGCGCCCGAGGCGCCCCCGCCGCCCGGAGGGCCGCUGGCGCGGGCGGGCGCCGCCGCCGCCGCGCCACCGGGCGCCCCCGCGCCGCACCCGGCGGCGCCGGAGGGCCUUGGGCGCCUGGCGCCGCGCGGCGCCCCGGCAGCGGCCACGGCCAGCCGGGCGCCGAGCCCGGCCGGGAGCGAGGCAGCAGAUUCGCUGGGGCCGAGAGGGGCGGCAUCGCCGAGCGGGGCGGCGUCGAGCGGGGCGGCCUCGCCGAGCGGCGCCGCCAAGCGCGCGGACCCCGCGGGGAUUCUCCACAGCGCGUCGACGCAUUCGACGCUGACGCGUAAGCGCCGGCGGCUGCGGCACGCCGUUGUGCGGAUCUUGCGCCUGCUCUUCUUGUGGAUGCCGGUGCUGAACGUGGCGCUCAUCUUGGCAUUCGGGGCGGCGCUGUCCCUGACCCAGGAGCGGCACUUCAUAAAGAGCUGCAACGUCAUGGCAGCGGCAAUCACGGGAGGCGCCAUCGUGGAUGGCGAGCCCAUCCAGAGGCUCGACAGUGUGCUGUCGAAGGCGAUGGCAAGUGUCAUGGCAGCCUUCGGUAUCAGCGUCUUCGGCUUCGUGAUUGCUGCGCUGAAGCACUCCGUGAUGUGUCCGGUGAUGGAGGCGCUGGGCCAUUCCCGGGGCUCCCACUCCGCCAGGGGAGCCGCCGUUUGGAUGGUGGUCUUCACGAUCUCAACUGGGCUGGCGCACCUGGUGAUUGCCCUGGCGCUUAUGUGGCCGGUUGCCGUGCUGGAGGGCUGGAAGCUGAAGGAGGCCCUGAAGAUGACGAUUGUGAUUGCCACUGGCGGAGGCAAGACCCUGUCCAAGACACUGCUGCGGCUCCUAGGCUGUUUCUGCGUCUUCAUUCCGGCGGCGCUGCUGUUCGCCAUGGGCUUCGUCGCGCUGGCGGACAUGGCGUGCACCGGCUGGAUUUCUUCAGACUGCUUCUGGUCAGCGCUGCCCAACGUCAGCAGCGGAGCGGCAACGGUCUACACAGGGCCGCAGCCGCCCAAGGAGGGCCUGUGGCUGUACGUGCAGACGGUGACGUCCAGCAUGGGCUUCUUCGUGCUGAGCGUGGCGCUCUUUAUCAGCGAGGACAUCUUCGACGUCAUCUGGAAGCAGACCGGCGUCAGCCUUCGCCGCCCUGGGCAUCCCCGCUCUCGUCUUCCUGCUCUCGGUCCCGCUCGGCGCGGUGCUCGCGUGGGCCGAGGGCUGGCCCCUCGGGGACGGCUUCUGGUGGUCCGUCUCGGCGCAGCUGGGCGGGGGGCUGUCCAUGGUCGACGUCGGCUUCACCGAGCUCGGCAGCAAGCUCGUCGGCACGCUCGCCGCCGCGGGCAGCAUUGCGCAGUCGGUGCUGUCGGUGGAGCUCACGGCGCUCCCGCCAUCGAGCCGGUCAUGGACCUCCUCGGCAUGAGCCUCCCACGCCUGGGGGAGAUCGAGCUCGACCUGUUCGGCGCCUCCGGCGACGAGGGGCCCCCGGCGCGCGAGCGCAGCGAGUCCUCUGGCCUCUCGUGGGCGUCCACCGGUUCCUCGGACGAGUCGGAGGAGACCAGCAGCUCCAGAAGCUCGCGCGGCGACGAGGGGGGGCUCGCGCAGAGGCCCUCCGCCAGCAGCGCCCGAUGA